AGAGCCUGGAGGAAGCACAAUCACUGCUGACUGGAGUUUCCUGUCUACAAGCAGCAGUAGCACAGAAGGACGGAGAGGCAAAGAGGACUUAAAACUCUUUCUGAGAUUGAAUCAACUUGGUCCGGUUGUGUAUCUGGUCCUGGCCUGUACGGAAACGCCGUGAGAGGUGAUCGAGGCUGCAGACAAAGAGAUUUCUGCGAGCUGUCUGCAAAAUCCCCAACAUCUGGUCGGCCAGAGGACGGGGCGAGCCGAGGAAGAGGAGCGGCGCUCUGCACACUUACCUCCGCUCAGGAAAAAUGCUCUGAUUCUGGACUUUGAUGUCACCUGCAUGAGCCGAGGAGAGGUUUAGUGACCCCGAAAAGAGACGAGCUGGGCGGAGGAGGACCCGACAGGAGCUGGAGGGCUGGGGGUCCACCUGAGAGGAGAUAAGAGAUGAACUAGUCAAAAGUCUCGGCUCUUCAGAGUCCCAGCCAGAAAGAGAAGAGUCCAUCUUUCCUUGCUGCCUCAGGCUCAUUCACCUCCUCCCUAAACAGCCAGGCCUGUACGCCCAUGGACGCGGAGAGGAGCGCCACUGCCGUCUCCAAAGAGCCUUCUGAUAAUGAAAACCCGGUUUUACUUCCAGCUCAAACAACCUCGAGCACAGAGGGAGAACACCGUUGUCCUAACCCAACCUCCUGUCCUGGUGACGAUGUGGCCCACAUCUACACUGAGCCCCUCAUAUUGAGGGUCAACGGUACCCCGGAUCGGUUGUUGUUGAGCGAGGAUGGAGACAGAUGCAAUCACAGCGACGGCCGCUCGCAUUCGACCCUCACUAUGCCCAGCGAGAGUGUUACGUCUCAGCCAGCAGCCAGAUCCACUUCCUUCCACCACACAGAUCCAUGCCGGUCGCAGCCCGGCAGCCUGCUUCGCAACGGAUCCAAGAGCCACGAACACACACACACCCCUCACACACAAAGUCCUCAACAAACGCCUCACCUGCAUUCUCUUCAAUCCCAUUCUGUCAGAAACGGGGGAGCUCACAGGCACCCCAAGCUGGGCUCGCUCCCAAAGGGGAGCUCAUCCACCUCCUCCUCAUCUUCAGCGGGACCCAAGCACAGCAAGAAACUCCAGUCGAACCCCUCCAUCACGUCACAGAGCAGCAAGAGGAGUAAGAGCAGUUCAAAGAGCAACAGCUCCCAGAUUCCCACCGAUGGACAGGACGACUGCUGUGUUCACUGUAUCCUGGCCUGCCUAUUCUGUGAGUUCCUAACUCUGUGCAACAUCGUGCUGGACUGCGCCACCUGCGGCUCCUGUGCAGGCGACGACUCCUGUUUCUGCUGCUGCUGUGUGACAGAGGAGUGCGGUGACUGUGACCUGCCCUGUGACAUGGACUGUGGCAUCAUUGACGCCUGCUGCGAGUCUGCGGACUGCUUGGAGAUCUGUAUGGAGUGCUGCAGCCUUUGCUUCUCCUCCUGAGGUCUUUCUGAGGCACCACCGAGUGGCGGUCAAGCAUCCAAAGGCCCCAAAACAGACACUCAGUAAAUCAGCUUCUUACCUGACAUAAGAAUAGCUGUGUUCCCUAUUCACUUAAUACCAGCUGGCUCUGCGUUGUGUCCAGUGCGUCCUACAGGUUUACCAAGUAAAAGUUGUGGCAAGUUACUUCUUUUAUUGAUCAGAAUACAGUAACUUUUCAUUUCGUGCUCUGGCUUGGCAGUUGGUUUGUGCUGCAGAGGGAAUUCCUGCACUGAUCUGCAGACUGAGCUUCUGGACCCACUCAGAACCAGCUAUUAUUACGAUGGAAGCCCCAGUGCCAUCUAAAUUACUGGAGUUCUUCAAGCAUGCAAAAUGACCUCUAAACGCAAAUGAGAAAAUGGCUCCAUUUAACCGGAUUUUAGUGUUUCUGUAGAUAAGAGCAGCAGAAUAAUGGGAAAACGGUCGCUCAGAUCUCAGUAGAAGCAUAGUAUGUCCUCCUGUCCUUGGCAAGGUUAAAGUCUUCCAUUCUGAUUGAACACAGUGGCCUUUAUUAUGUUAAAACACAUAAAGUGGGAGAUUCUGAAUCUGUCUUUGUCCUUGUUGCAUUGUACAAAACAGGAAACAGAAAAGUGGCUUGUGGCAAUACUAGAUUUAUUUUUUGUUAUGCGUCUUUCUGCACAGAUUCACAGCAAUGGACACAGUUUUUACUCUGACAUGUGAAGGGAGAGCUUUCUUCCAGAUUUCUCCUCAUUUAUUUUUCAAAAUUUGUUUACUUUUACAUUUUAUUGAGAGUCUUUGACCGUUUUCAGCAGAUUUUUGUUUUUUGCUCGUCUAGUAAAGGAACUAAAAGCCAUCAUCUCCAUCUUUUUUAAAUAUAAUCCUCCCAUUCUCUGGGUGGGAAGAAAUGGUUUCGGCUAAAGCUUUAAGUCUUGAUAUUUCCAGCAGGUUUCUCGCCGUUCACCAAAUCUCCAUUAAUCCUUGUUUUGUAGAUUUUAGUUAAGAUAUUUGCAUUUCUCCUCUAAAUGUGAAAAAUCACAUUUCUGUGUUAUCAGGUUUCGCUAGGCUCUCUGUAAAGCAGACGUUGCUCAGCAUUGAAUUUAAUUCCUUAAGUGAGAAUCUCGUGAAAUUAUGCUAAGCUAGAUCCACGCUUGCCAUAUGAAUGGUACAGUCUUGAUAAGAGGCCCAAACUCUCAUAUGCUAUGGCGCACACCUUCAUUUCCCCUUAAACCAGUACCCCUUGAGAUGUCGCAUAGAUCAGUUGUGCAUUUUAAAGUGACUUGAUACAAAUCUUUUUCCUUCGAUUAAAUUACUUUAGAGAAAUCCUUUUUAUUCAAAAUGCUCUUCACUCUUUCCAGACUUUAGUUUUUAUACCUUUGUGCAUAAAUGUAAUGCGCUACACUAUUGAGGGUUGCAGUUUAGCACAUCAGAUGAAAAUAGAGCACUCACUUAGUUCUCAACUUGAUGGCACCAAAACACAACAUGCAUGAUGUAAUUUGCUGCUUUACAGUCACAUAAUUCAAAGAUUUACUGUUAAAUACGAGUCAACCCGGAAGAGUUUGGAGUUUUAGGAAACUGGUUUAAACUGAAUCCUGGACAGUGCUGGAAGACAUGCAGCUCUGGAAAAAUGCAUGAAAAUAUGAGUGACAUUUGUUUGUGCGUGCAAAAGUGCAAAUAAUAGUUGUGAUGCUCCUGUUACGGACCGGUUCUCCGUCACCAGACUGGGAGUGAAUUGUGAUAAAUGUCUCUGGUGUGUGCAAAGUCAUCUCAUGUGCACGAGAAAACAAAACAAAAUUGGUUUCCCUAACAACAUUCUCUGCAAAUUAGAUGACAGAUAUUUAAAAAAUAUCGUUUGUGUCACAAGAUCUCUGUUAAUGCUUUCAUAUAAGGCUGAAGGUUGCACAUUUCAAAAUAAAAUCAGUAGAAACUACCAUGGAAUACUCAUGUCUGACAACUGUUUGACAUUAUAAAUGGUUUAGCUUGUCUUUAAUACAAGAAGCAGACUUGACUUGGUCUAGUGAUGGAGAGCAAUUUCUAGAUAUAAGGACUUUAUUGUUUUUAUUAAAGCCACCACCAUCUCUAAAUGUUACCCCUGUAUUAAUUCAAGGUUUUGAUACUGGAAAAGGACGAGUAUAUUCUCAGAUAUACCUAAUCAGUAUUAUUAGUGUUUUGUUAAAUCUGCAUACACCUUUGACUGUUUUUGGACUUUUGUUAUUUUUGAGUGGAAUUGGUAAAUCGGUGCGAAUAGCUGGCUGCUUAUAAAAGUCACCUGAAAGACCCAGCAGAGACUCCAGUCCACUGUAAUGUCGUUCUGUUUACAUUACCCAGAUUUAGUUUGAGUUACUGUCCUGGAAGUCACAUUCAGAUUUCUUUGUUUAAUACUGAAUAAACAAUGUGAACUCCA